GUAGGUUGCGUGGGGCUCGGCUGCCUCGGAGAUAAGGCGGGGAAGAGGAAAGACACAGAGCCUUCGGUCCUGUGGGCGGGCCGAAGUCCCGCACCCUUUCUAAGGCCUGUGUUGUGGGUCCGCGCGGCCAUCACGCAUUGCAUCGCGGUUUUCUGUGGGGAAGGUAGCUGCCCAUGCCUGCGUGUAGACACUGGUGGCUGUCACGCAGGCGAUUGCCAAUGCAGAUCCUUAGAGGACGUAGUUUAUUAAUCAAAAGAACACAAGAUCUGGAGACCUAGGUGUUUGUAAAUUUAAAUUACCUGCUUUGUCCAGGUACUCGGUCUCAUCAGUAUAAUCAGGCGGUGGGUCACUGUAAUUUUGAGGCUCUUUCGGAACUACCAUUUUGUAGUUUCUGCCUCCCAGAAUCUUUUCAGUGUAUCGUUCUCUUGGAUAAAAAAGAAAACAGUUGAAUAAUGAAUCUAUUUUACACUGUGUUGGGCCCGUUAAUUUUUGAGGAGUUUUGGUUUUGGGUUUUUUUUGUUGUUUGUUUUUUUGUUUUUAAAGUUUGUGGCUCACUAUGUAGUCUAGGCUGGUCCAAAACUAAAGAGCCCUGCCAGCCCCUUCCUCCCUCCUGAGUGCUGGGAUUGAAAGCCUGAACCACCCUGCCGUGUUUGGAGCUUACUUUUUAAAAGAUUAAUUAGAAUUUAAUUCUUGAAGUCAUCUGCACCGUCUGCCUGGGAAAAGAUGGUCAACGUGCUGAAAGGGGUGCUUAUAGAAUGUGACCCUGCCAUGAAGCAGUUCUUGCUGUACUUGGAUGAGGCCAACGCCUUGGGGAAGAAGUUCAUCAUUCAGGACAUUGAUGACACGCACGUCUUCGUCAUUGCCGAGCUGGUCAACGUCCUCCAGGAGCGAGUAGGGGAACUGAUGGACCAGAAUGCCUUUUCUCUUACCCAGAAGUGAGAGCGCUGGUGUUGAGCACUUGGGAAUCCCAGCCACAGACACUUGAGAGAGGCCAGCUCAGUGUCUCGUGGGGUUUAUACUUGUUAUGAGCAUGUCGUGGGAAAGGCUGCAGGGUCAUUCAUUCAGAUGAAAGCCCCUAACUGAUUUGGUUGGACCAUUAAAAAAAAAAUAUGUGUACAGAAGAACUUUAGCUGCAAUUUGGCUUUUUAAGUGUUAUUUGUUAUUAAAAUGUAAUCAUAAUUGUGCUGGUGAGAUGGCUCAGUUGGUAAAGGUCCUUGCCACUAAGCCUGACAGCCUGAAUAUAAUCCCAGGGGCCUACACACUGGAAGGGGAGAACUCUACAGGCUGUUGUCUGACCUGUGUGUGUGUAGCUCCCUCCCACACAAAUACGGAAAUAUAAGAAAAUGAAAUCAUAAAUGUUUUUCCUACCUUCUUAGAACCAAUUAAAUACACCAGAAAAAUAAUGGAGUUUGGUUAAA